GGACAAUUAGAAAUUAUAGCUUUUGCGAGAAGUGUUACCCACAUUUUUCUUGGCACUAAAUUUGAACGCGCCUAUGGUUUCUUGGAAGAAAGAGGAAGAGCGAACUCUAAUAUCAAGCAGAACAAAAGGGCCCCUGCCGACGUCCGCACCAAGGGAUCCAGGUAAGCACCAUUUUAGUACCUUGUGGUACACCCCCUUUAAUUUGGGGUAUAAUCGCAACCGCCACAACAUGUUUAUCAUUUCUCUUCAUAGAAAAAGCAAAAACAGGCAAACUAUACUUUUUGAAUGGAAAGUGUUAAUGUUAAUUUUGUAA